AUAGCUCCUGCGCCUUCGCCAAAGAUGUGACGUAGGCCGCUGUGUUCCUGUCGGAUUGUAGGAAUGGGAAAGCUGUUCAGUUUGGAAAUCCCGGGCACAACAAGAUUACGCUCCUGUGUUGACCCUUUGCAUGCAGUCAGGUGCCGACGGAGCUGAGAUGCAUUACCGGAGGACGGUUUUGUCCUAUCGGAGGAAAAAUUCCCGAGAAAGAAAACAGCAGGAGACGGGGCUGCUCAGCGUAUCCUUGAGGCCCUGCUUAUCUGCGUGCGACAAGGGGUACCCUCGACGUCUCCAAGUUCUAUUCAGAAAUCAUGCAUGCAUCUGCUGUCAUCGUAACAGUCGCCUAGCGCAUCACCCGAGCCAACCACACCCACACCCACAACAAACCCACAAGGUCCAGAGUCCAGAGUCCAGAAACCUUGGCAUUGCAACCUGCCACAACAUGCUAUUCAGAACAACCCGCCCCAAACUACUGCCAAAUACCGUUAGAUGUCUCAUCCUAAGGUUACUUAAAUUACCCAGGAUUUGGAAUGGGUUAGUUCCAACUCACUCGUGUCGAGGAGCACGAGAAGAGCCACGGGCCACGGGCCACGGCACUUCCGAUGCUGGUGCGGUGCUGUCUUAGCCAAGCGAAUCGCCUGGCUGCAGUCACCAAAACUGAUAGUGAGGGGGAAAG